GAAAAAAGCAUGAUCUCAGAGUCGAACUGUGCUUGGAGUUUUGCCCAUUGUAUGGCCACACCAGUCUUUCAUUUUCUUGCCUUGACUCAGACGAAAUGCUCCCCAUUUCCGUGCAGGGGACAUUGCUCCUGCUAUGCAUCUCAUCGCUGAUCCCAGGCGGCGUCGCGGACGAAAAUGACGGCUCUGUGCAGGAAACUGAUGAGCCACAGCUGAACAGUUUUCAUGCUGAUAAAGUACAAGCCAUCAUGGCCCAAGGAGCUGGAAUAACAACAAUAGACACCACCACUUGCACACCGUAUCAAGGAGAACAUGAUCCCUGCACAUUUCCGUUUGAAUCUUGUAGCUCACGGCACAAGGAGGAGAAAGAUCGUCUCCUGCAGCGCCUCGAUAGGAACCACGGGAGAUGGAAUGCAAAUCAUCCAAGGUGGAGGCUGUUGAAGACCAUCGAUGGUUUCAAGUCGUACGCGCGACUGAAUAAAGCCGAGGUGAGGCGGUGGCGGGAGAUGUAUGGACAUGUGCCGCAGGUGCAGAAGAAGAUGCUCGAGAAAACGACAAACUACAAGCGCAAACUGAACGAGCUGGAGCACCACAUCGCUACCAACGCGCACCUCGCCAAUGGCAUUGCUAACCACGCCAUGAAAUUCUACGGAAUCACCGAAAAGGAGCUAAAUGAGUUCAUCCGCGCCGAGGAGGCCGCAGGACGCGGGUCUGAGCGACACAGCGUGAUCCAAGCGAUGAAGCACUACGUUCGGGACUGGAGCAUAGAAGGUGCGGAGGAGCGGGAUGCGGCGUUUCCUUGUAUUCUGAGUGCACUAGAGGGCGUGCGGGAGUCCUUACUGGAGGCUCCCACAGAGGUGAGCGGAGAAGAUGGACAACGGCAGCAGCAAGAUGAAGGAAGGGCUAGAGUACUGAGAGUCUUACUUCCUGGAUCUGGGCUUGGGCGGUUGGGCCAUGAGGUUGCUGGGCUAGGAGGCUUCGAGGUGACCAUCAACGAAUGGUCGACCUACAUGAUCGUCGCCUACCGAUAUCUCGAGGCCAAUAUCUCACAUUCUUCCUCCUCUACCAACUCUGAAGGAACUGCAAGCGAUUCUGCCCCCAUCAGCUUCCACCCCUUCAUCGACUCACUCUCCCACCACGCCAGCAACGACGACCUCUUCCGCAAAGUAACCCUGUCCUCAUCUGCUCCCCCACUGACCUCGUCAGACUCCAUCACUUGCACCACGGCCAGCAACUCGCCCCCUUUAGUCUCCAAAGUCCUCCUAGUAGAGGGCGACUUCACCACCGUCUUCUCCUCCUCCCCCUCAACACAACAAGAGCCACCGCAGCAAAAGUACGAUGUCAUCAUCACGCACUUCUUCAUAGACACGGCCCGCAACCUCCUGAGCUACCUCGCGACCAUCCACGCCCUCCUCAGCCCGGGAGGGGCAUGGAUCAACUUCGGCCCCUUGUUGUACGGCACGGGCCCGUGGGUCCAGCUCUCGCUCGACGAGGUCGUGCUCGUGUCGGAGGAGAUGGGCUUCGAGUUUGAGGAUAUGCGGAACUCGCAUGGUUCGUCAGCAGACGACGAGUCGACGCAGGCCGCCGCCCCCGCCGCCCGGGGGAAGCAGGACAGUGACGCAGAAUCAGUUUCAGAUUCAGACGCCGAGCGCCAAUCACGAGAACAACAACAACACGUCUGCGGAAAGCUCACCUUCCCCAAAGCGCGCGGCAGCAGCAGCAGCAGCAGCAGCGGCGGCGGCGGCGGUGGCCUGGGCAAGGUCCGCGGCAAGCACGCCGGGUACGGCUUCGACGAGCGCGCUCUCACGCGCAACGCGUACCAGGCGCAGGCUUGGGUCGCGCGGAAGAAGAAGAACGAGAAGGAGAGGGUUGCGUGAGCACACAACGGACUGCACUGCCGAGACUGCGCCUGCGCGUGGCCUUUUUUCUUUUUUAUAGUCCAGGUGGCGUCUUUUGUGCCCAUACUGCUUCAUAUUUAUACUACGUGUCCCAUCAAGCAACCAUGGCAUUUAUUGUACUCGUAGGGAUGCAUUCUUGCGAGGUGGACAAGGAAAAGUUUUAUUUGUACGGUAUGCCUAGAACAAUAAGGCCGUUUUACUUGUGUUUGACAGCCGGCCUUGCGUAAGGCGCCGCCGCCGUUU